AUGAAGGACCCACACUUCCCAGCUAUCAAAACACGCCUGUGGCCAAAGCAGAAGAGGAGCCCAAAAUCCAAGGAUGAGACCGGGACAGUGGAAAAAACAGACAAACCUUUGGUGACAUUUGCCAUCCCGCAGCUGACUGAGGUGGAGAGAAUGAGGCACUCUCCAUUUGAAAGAGUCGUCUAUGACAUGGCCCACAAUGAGAAGAUCAUCAAUGAGCUAACGGUUGGUCGAAGGGUUGGAUUUUAUGAACUUCGAGGAGAGAUCGGACAGGGCAACUUUUCUACAGUCAAGUUGGGCAUACACGCUUUAACGAAAGAGAGAGUCGCUGUCAAAAUUGUGGAAAAACUGCGAGCAGAUAAGAAGAGCAAGCCUUUGACCUCUUCAGAGAUCAGCUGUAUGGAGAAGCUAAGCCAUCCAAACAUAGUUCGCCUCUAUGAGGUUAUUGAGACCAGCAGGAGGAUGUAUCUGGUGAUGGAGUACGGCAGCGGAGGGGACCUUUUCACUCGAAUCACCACCAGAGGGAAACUCAAUGAUGUGGAAACCAAGCUGGUAUUUGCCCAAAUCAUCUCUGCUGUUAAGCACAUGCACGACAACAACAUCAUCCACAGAGACCUGAAGGCAGAAAACGUCUUUUACACCACCAGCUACUGCAUCAAAGUUGGUGAUUUUGGCUUCAGCACUGAGAACACUCCUGGUGAACUCCUCACCAACUUCUGUGGCUCUCCACCCUACGCUGCUCCAGAGCUUUUUAAGGAAAAAGGCUACUCUGGUCGUUGCUCAGACAUCUGGGCUUUAGGCAUUUUGCUCUACUUCACAGUGACUGCAACGCUACCUUUCCAUGGGGACAACCUGGGGAGGCUGAAGCGAUGUAUCCUCCAGGGGGCUUACAGCAUCCCUGCUUAUGUUCCCGAUCCAUGCCAGUUGGUCAUUAAAGGCAUGCUGCGUCCUGUGCCUGCAGAUCGCUCCUCUCUCACUCAGAUUAUAAGUAGCAAUUGGAUGAAAGGGAUUAAGUACCCUCAUGCAUAUGCAGUGUUGCCACUCUGUCCUGCACAUUUUGCCCAGGAGGGCAGGGCUCUGUCUCUGGAGGAGGAAGAGGUAAAAAGUCUUCUGGCAGAUCUGGGUAUUGUGACAGUUCAUUUCCGAAAUAACCCCUGCAUAGACUCUAAAAGCCCUCUGACGGGUACUUACCGGAUCCUCCUUCAUCGGGUGCAGAAGAGGAGAGCAGUGGAGGCUGUGGGUUAUGCUUUGCUUCGCCCUGAUGAGUACCAGAGUCCUUUCAAGAUGUCUCCAGCAUCAGUUGACAAACACAACCCCUCUGCUGUCUGCGCUAUACUAUAGUGAGAAGAAACUGAUCCGGAACUGUUCAGG